UUAACGAUUUAAGCCGUGUCAUUUCAUCAUUAUCCUGAAUCACUGCAUCAUUCAGUCUGGAUGCGGUCAAAAGAAGGACAAUGACGAACCACUCUCUCCUCCUGUGGCUUUUCCUAUUUCUGCACGGUGCAUCUGGAGCUGUUGAGGUGUCCGUGUCAGUGAUGAAAGGAGAUUCUGUCACUCUUCACACUGGUGUUUCUGAACUGCAGACUGAUAACAAGGUAGAUUGGACCCAUGGAGAUGGCACUAUAAUAGCUAAAAUUGAAAACAAUCAAAUAAAAAAGAAAGAUCCUGCUGGGCUAUUCGAAGGCAGACUGGAGAUUGACAGUAAAACUGGAUCUCUCACCGUUAAAAACAUCAGAACUGAAGAUAAAGGAUUUUAUAAACUAGACAUCGGUGGUAAAAAAGAUCUGAUCACCAAGAAUUUCAGUGUUACUGUUCGAGAGGGUGCAAAGAAAGUGUUAGUGAUGGAGAGGGAAUCUAUCGCUUUACAUACUGGUGUUAUUGAAAUAAAAGGGUUUGAUCAGAUAUUUUGGACCUUUGAAGGCCAUCUCAUGGCUGAAAUCAACCAAGAGACCAAUCAAUUCUUUUUACAUAACAUCAGUGUUGUGAGAUUCGACGGCAGAUUAGAUCUCCAUCGUCAGACUGGAGAUCUCAUCAUCAGGAUUGUCAAAACCACAGAUGCUGGCGAUUAUCAUCUGAAAAUGAGCAACAGUUCAUACACUUUACAGAGGACCAUCAGUGUUGCUGUCAGUGAAAUGGACCCACCCACCCUACAUCUUCACCCAGGUUAUAUAGCACUUAUAUGUGUUUCUGUUUUGAUGUUUGGGGCUGCAGUCUUUUAUGUGAUUCGCCACAAGAUCUGUAAACAAAAAAAACAAAGAGGCUUGGCGUCCAGUCAAAGCACCCAAAAUACAGGUCAAGGAGUUUUAUGAUAUUGAAAACAAAUUGAAUCAACCUCAUAUGAAUGAUGAAGGGUCCUGCAUCUGCAACCAUACAUAAUCACUGUAAUAAAACAAUAAUGUAAGUUAAGAUAUUGAAAUUAACAUAAGCUGUAUUUGAUAUAAUAUGUGAUGUUUUCUUCAAAUGAAACAGUUUAGUGUUUAAUCUUUUAAA